AUGCGUAGGAUCGUUUCGCCUAUUGCGAUCGGUCGAACACCGCCGUCGGGCUUGGAUAAGGCUAUGAGUCGUGACGGUAGCACCACCUCCCGUACUCCUGCUGCUACUGUUGAGCUAAGGAGCCCUGCAUCUCCCUCCGCUUCGGGAGUGAUCUCCGCGCGCUCGUGCCUCUCCCUCCAAGUCCCCACCCGUGCCAAUCGUGGCGGAUCUCGUGUUGCGCGCGCCACCCGUCCUCCCCGUGCCCGUCCUCCCCGCGCUAUACCCCGACCCCGCGUGGCGGGGUUCCUUCCACCUCCCGGGAUCCACGGCGCUCUCACGCCAGUCCGGCGGCCCGGCCUUGGUGGUCCCCACCUAACCCCCCCACGCAUCGUGGCGCUCCUGGUCACUCGGAGCGUUUCCUGCGGGAUCUCCUCCCGCUCUCCUUCGUCCGCCAUCGCCGCCGCCGUUUCCGUCGCUCUGCCACCCUACCUCCGUUCAGCGGGGAUGUCUGAGCCCGCGUGGGGUCAGCUGCAGCGGGCGCUGACGGCUGCUGCUGCGUCUGGUUCUGCCAGCCAUGCACGGGACCCGGCUGGCUCCGUCCCAGCGUUGCUCCGAGCCGCAGCGGCGCUGGCUGAGGGCGGGCGUUCCGCCGUGAGGCCGCCGUGCCAGCGCGGCGGGCGGGCAGCGAGGCGGGAUCGUGUGUGCCGUUCGCCCCGUGCUGCUGCUCGGCCAUAUCGUUCUCCCCGUCCUCGCCGCCCACGUUCACGUUCCCGUUCGCAGGUGCCGCAGUCGCUUCCGCCGCUUGAUGUCGGCGGUCCUCCUGGUCGUGUCUUUGCUGGUUUUGGCCCGCCUCGAGCGCCGCUGGGCGCUCCAGAGCCGGAGCCAGAGUGGUGGGAGGCGUGGCGGGAGUUCCAGGCGCGGCGGUGGCCGGGGGAGCCCGCGUGGGAGACGCGGGCGCGCUUGCAGUUGGUUCGGGUCCGGGUCCACCUCCUCUGUCCAGUUCAGGGUGGUGGAGAGGUGAGCCCCUGCGGGGCCGGGCAGGGAGGCAAGGAGUCCGUGCGCCUAGACGAAGCUUGCCAGGUAGCUGUAGCGCCCCUCAACCGCUGGGUACGCCAGCCCCAGGCCUCCCAGGCUUGGGGGGAGGGAAGCCUGGUCCCACACGCGUCGUUCCUCCGCAUCCCCCCUCGGAUGGCGCACGCCGCAGGCGUCGAGCAGUGUGUGGAGCAGCGUCUGGCCCCACGUGACCAUUCUUCUUCAGGCAGAAGGCUGAGUAGGGUUGUGCGCGCGAGGUAUGACAUCCGCCUCGAGAUGCACCUCGUCAGCAGCAGUGAUGCUGCCUGCGGUUCCAGAAUCGUGGCGUCGCUAUGCGUGCUCAUGUACGAUCUGGCGGCGUGGAUUAUCGCUUCGCUACCUCCCUGGACGGCGACGCAGUACUGGAGUGGGAGGAAAUGGGCUCGUGCCGCUUCUGCCAGUGAGGAAAGUGCCGAUUUUGCCGCGAGGCGUAGGACACACUCUCCUACAGCUAUGGGCCGAGUCCCUCCCUCUGGCUUGGCGAGAGCGAUGAGGCGGGAGGACGUAAGCAAGGAGCACACCUCUUCGGGGAGUAUUGUGCUAACGAGAGCGUGGAGGUGGGUGGUAACGGCUGCGUUGGCGAUAGCUGCAUCCCUGAGGUGUUCGAACGUCAUCCCAGAUGGCCCUUCCCCCACUCCGUUUUCGCAGCGGCAUAGGAUUUUCGCGAAUGCAGCUGAGGUGAUGGUCACCACGUGGGCCUCGUCCAUUGGUGUCCAGUCAAUGUGUCCAGGUGGCGCGGCCUCGCAGCCCGUUGGAAGCCGUUCUCCCGUCCUCGGCCUCUCCCCGCGGCUCGCUGCCGCCCGCUUCUGCCACCUCGUGAUGCCUGUGGCGAUUGGAGGCGGUUCCCCGGUGCCGUAUUCGCCGCGGCCCUUUGGCGUGGCGUCUGCUGCGCUUGCCUCGCCGUCGACUCUGGACGAGAGUCGGCGGGUGUGGCCGCCCCCCCCGCGCGAGGUGGCGCCAACGCCUGUACCUGCCUUCGUUCUGGCGCCUGCGGCUGACGUGGCGCCUCUUCCUGCUCCUGGCGCGGCGCCCUCUCCUGCGCCUCCCGUUCCGGUGUUGCCGUCGCCUGCUACGGCGGCUGCUGAUGCUGCUGUUGUGGCGCCUGCGUCUGGUGUGGCACCACUUCCUGCGCCGGUUCUGGCGGCACCUCUAGUGGUUCCUGUGGCGCUACCUGUGGCGCCUCCUGCCGCGUCCCUUGGUGCGCCGGGCGGGGGGUCUGCCCUUCCGCUCCCCAUGGCUCCCUCGUCUGCACCCUUCCUUCCCCCGGCUGCGCAGCAGCGUAACUCCCGUCCUCAUCCGCCCUCCCCACGAGAUGAGCGGGAUGUGUCUCGGCGUCGGCGUGACUCCCCUCGUCGGCGGCAGCCGCAGGCGAACUGGCAUGCGCACCAGGGCGGCUGGGGGGGAGCGCAGGCGGUGUCUUUGCCGGCUCCCUCGCCUCCAGAUCAGUUUGGUGGGGCCGGGCUCCCUCAACUCCGACUCCCCUCUCUGGCGGAGGAACUCCGUCCUCCGCGUGCCGAGACGCUGGCGCACGGGUCACUUCCGCCUGUUCCUGCGGAGUCCCUGCUGGACGGCCCACGAGACGACUGUCUUGACGCGGCCGACCAGAUUGCCCUCCUCCUGGCGCCUGUGUUGGCAGCGCCCGUGCGGGGAAGCGUAGGGGCUGUGGGUCAGCUGGAUUCGGCCGUGAGGGACUUGCGGCGGUAUCUGCGGGCAGUUUCCGGAGCCGACGCGAUUGGCGCAACCAUCCUGGUGGUGUGCUCGGUGUGGCAGACGAUGACGGGCAUCCUUGAUGCCCUGCAGGCGGAUCGGAUGUAG